AUGUCAAGAUUAGAUCGAUUAGUAGUAUUAUUGGAGACAGGAUCAACACCAUUCAUUAGAAACACUGCAGCAGAUCAAUUAUCUGAUCUAGCUAAAGCCCAUCCAGAAGACACAAUCAAUUUAUUAGGAAGAGUUUAUCCAUACUUGAAAUCGAAAAAAUGGGAAACGAGAAUUUCUGCAGCCAGAGCAUUUGGCGGUAUUGUUAAUAAUGCUCCUUUAUGGGACCCCAAUUCAGAGAAACAAAUAAAAUUGGAAAAAGAUGCAGAACAAGUAUUUGUCAAAGAAGAAAUAGAGACAGAUCCAAUAGUUAAAAAAGAGUUCCCUGAAGAUGAAAUUAUAAUAAAGAAGGAACAAGACGAAGAACUACAGAAACUCACUAAAAAUUUAUCCAAUUUAAUCAAUUUUGACUCCUUCAGUCUACACGAAUUGAUCAAAUGUGGCACCAAACUUUUAGCAUCGAAACUGGAUGACACCGAUCGCGAAGAUUAUAUCAAUGAUGUGACAUUACUCGGUAGAAUUAAAAGACAUAGAUCAAGUAUAAUACCGAAAGAAGAGACAAAAUCAGACUUAUCCAAAGAAAGCUCACCUAAUGCACACACAAAAGAGGAACCAAUAAUAAAGCAAGAACCCGGCACACAACAACAACAUGACAAUCUAGCAUCAGCAAGUACUUCACCGGCUCCACCAACUGGUUCAAAUAAACCAGUAUCAAGUGCUAGAUUAAAAGCUAUGCAAAGGAGGAAAGCUAAAGCAAAUGCCAAAAACGGCGCCAAUAAAAUCCGUUCAGUUGAUAUAUCUCAAAGUUCUUUAUCGAGACAAAUGAUAGAAAAUGGGGAAGGAAUGGAUAUAGAUUCUAAGGAUUCAACUCCACAAUUUGAUGUUACAUCUCAGCAAGGUGGGAAUAAAUUAGUGGUUGAGACGAAAAGUUCAGAAUUGUCGCCCCUAUUAUCCCAACAAAAUAAGGUGGCAGGACUAAUUUGGCAAUUUCAAGGUGUUUAUGAAUUGCUAUUAGCUGAUUUGUUUGAUGAUCAAUGGGAAAUAAGGCAUGGUGCGGCUUUGGGUUUGAGAGAGUUGGUGAAAAAGCACGGGAAAGGUGCUGGAAGAGUAAUGAACAAAACUCUACAAGAAAAUGACACCAACAAUGCCGCUACUUUAGAAGAUUUAGCUGUUAGAAUAUGUGUGAUAUUUGUCCUUGAUAGAUUUGGCGAUUAUGUGUCAGAUACUGUGGUUGCUCCGGUUCGUGAGUCUGCAGCUCAGACGUUAGCCGCAUUGUUGAUACAUUUGAACGAAGAAACUGUUAUCAGAAUUUUCCAUUGCUUGAAUUCAAUGGUUUUACAAAAAGAUAUGGUUGCAAAAUGCUGGGAAGCCAAACAUGGUGGUAUACUAGGAGUGCGUUAUCUUGUUAGUGUUAGAACUGAUAUAUUGCUAGCUAACCCUGAAAUGUUUGACGACGUGGUUACCAUGGUACUAAGUGGUUUGAAAGAAAGUGAUGAUGAUGUCCAAUCAGUAGCAGCAUUGACACUUACUCCAAUUGCUUCACAGUUUGUAACUACAAGAAAAAAUGUCAUUGGUACAUUGUUGACUGUAAUAUGGGAUUGUCUUGUCAACUUACGAGACGAUUUGUCUGCAUCAAUUGGGUCUGUGAUGGAUUUAUUGGCAAAACUAUGCAGUCACAAGGAAGUCAUUGAAAUAAUGCAACAGGAUGCUAACGAAAACAAAGAAAACUCUUUUGAAAAUCUUGUCCCCAGAUUGUUUCCAUUCUUGAGACACUCUAUUACAAAUGUGCGGAAAGCCGUAUUGAGAACAAUAUUGGAGUUUUUGUCAAUUGAAGACAGCUCCACUAAAGCAUGGAUCAACGCCAAGACUUUGAGAUUAGUAUAUCAAAAUCUAUUGGUGGAACAAAAUAUCGAUGUUUUGAAUUUAUCAGCACAAGUGUAUGAGAAAUUGUUGCUUGAAAUGAACAAUAACAAAUUUAAUAUUGAUGUGAUCUUCACAAAGCAGUCAAAAUCUUUGUUGACUUUAACAAUGACUCCUAUUGGUAUUUCAAGACAUACUUAUUCAAUGAACACCACCUUGAUAAUGAGACCAUCUGGAGAAAUGUUGGGCCCAUUGAACGACGACGAUUGCCGUGGCAAGAAGCGUAAACCAGAUGAAAGUACUACUGAUAUUCCUAUUGAAGAUUUAAAGGUUAACAUUGAUUCUCCAAUUUAUAAAGGUGAUGUCAUGUUAGUUGGUUACGAUAAGUUAAUUGGUAUGAGAUGUGCUGCCUCGGCAGCAUUUGGUAAGACAUUGUCAUACAUGCAAUCAGAAGAGACAUUAUUAAAAAUUUUUGAAGCAAUUUCAGGAUAUUUGAAAUCAUGUCAUGCCACCUCAGUUUUAUUAAGUGCAUUUAUUGUUGAAGAAUAUGCCACGGCUUUGAAAGAACGGGGUUUGAAACCAAAUGAAAAAAUCGUUACAUUGUUGAGUGGUUCACUUAACAAGGUUUUACAAGAACCAGAAAGUUUGCCACAUUUCCGAGAAUUGGUUCCUACAUUGAAAGCAGUUAGAACAUCUUGUUUGCAAUUAUUUGACGUAUUUGUAACAGCAGCAAAAUUAUCUCCAUCAAGAAUUCCACAAAUCCCCGUUGUCGUUCAAGGUGAAGCAGAGGCUGGGCCAGGGGCAUUUGGACUCGAAACUGCUGAGAAAAUCUGUAAUGAAACAUUCGUCAAGCUUAAAAAACAUUUGUCGGCAACUCAUAGGUUAUCUGCUAAUCAAGCUCUUGAAGACGCUAAACAUAGAAUCCUUGUUGCUAUGGAAGAAUCUCGUUUGGCUUUUACAUCAAGAGCAAACAGUAUAUUUGCAGGAUUUGCAGCUGCAAGUUUAGCUUUGGCCGGUGUGCCGAAGAAAUUAAACCCAAUUAUUAAGUCAUUAAUGGAAAGUGUCAAACUGGAAGAGACUUUAGUUCUCCAAAAACGGUCAGUUUUUUCUGUUGCCAGGUUAGUUCAACAACUUAUUGAGGUUGGUAAAAAAGGUGCUUCAGAUAAAAUUGUGAAAAAUUUAUGUGCAUUUUUAUGUGUUGAUACUUCAGAAGUACCUGAGUUUCAUCAUAAUGUUAUUUUCAAAGAAAAUAUUUUAUCAUUGAGAAAAGAAGAAGCUCAAAUCGACCCUACAGAUGCUGCUGCACAUGAACGAGCUGUUCGUGAAGCCAAAAUCAAACGUAAUGGUGCUUUGAUGACUUUAGAUCAAUUAGUGCAUAUUUAUGGACCUAAAUUGUUUGAUCAAGUUACCAAAUUGAAAGAAAUGAUGAUUGAACCUUUGCGUUACUUAUCGAAAACAGAAGAAGUCUCUCAAGAUGAAUUGAAAGGUCAAAGUGUCAUUGAUGCUCUUGGUAUACUUCGUGCCUUAUUUCCGAAAAUGGAUAAGGAAUUGUACCCCGAAGUUAUUGAUAACUUGGAUUUAUUUUUGCCAGGUUUACAAUCUGAAUACUCGGUGUUUAGAUAUUCUACUGCUAAAUGUUUAGCCACUAUUUGUUCUGUGGUUCCUGCUAAAGCAUUCAUUUUCAUUGUAAAUUCAGUUUUACCAAUGUUGAAGAAUGCUGGGGAUGUGAAACAAAGACAGGGGGCAAUUGAAACUGUUUAUCACAUUUCCGCUGCCAUGGGUGCAAGUAUCUUGCCCUAUGUGAUGUUUUUAAUUGUGCCAGUAAUGGGGAGAAUGAGUGAUUCAGAUCAUGAUGUGCGUGUCUUGGCUGCUACCACUUUUGCAUCAAUUAUUAAAUUGGUACCAUUAGAAGCUGGGAUUCCCGAUCCAGAAGAUAUGCCACAAGAAUUGCUUGAAGGCAGAGAUAGGGAAAGAGAUUUCAUUCAACAAAUGAUGGAUCCUACUAAGAUUAAAUCAUUUGAUUUACCAGUUACCAUUAAAGCUACUUUACGUAAAUAUCAACAAGAAGGGGUUAAUUGGUUGGCAUUUUUAAACAAGUAUCAUUUACAUGGUAUUUUGUGUGACGAUAUGGGUCUAGGUAAAACAUUACAAACUAUUUGUAUUGUGUCUUCCGAUCACCAUAUUAGAGAAGAAAAUUUCAAAGAAACUGGGUCAGCAGAAUAUCGAAAAUUGCCUUCAUUGGUGAUUUGUCCACCUUCCUUGAUAGGUCAUUGGGAACAAGAAAUCAAUCAAUAUGCACCAUUUAUGAAAGUACUUGUAUAUGCUGGAAGUCCAAGUAUUAGAAUCCCUUUGCGAGGUCAAAUACCUGAUGCCGAUGUUGUUGUUACUUCAUAUGAUGUUUGCCGAAAUGAUGUUGAAUCCUUGACAAAACAUGAUUACAACUACUGUGUAUUGGAUGAAGGGCAUAUCAUCAAAAACGCCAGUUCCAAGUUAUCAAAAUCAGUCAAACGAGUGAAAGCUGAGCAUAGGUUAAUUUUAUCCGGUACACCAAUUCAAAAUAAUGUUUUAGAAUUAUGGUCAUUAUUUGAUUUCUUGAUGCCGGGGUUUUUAGGUACUGAAAAAGUUUUCCAUGAAAAAUUUGCUAAACCAAUUGCUGCUAGUAGAAAUAGUAAAACCUCUUCUAAAGAGCAAGAAGCUGGGGCUUUGGCAAUGGAAUCAUUGCAUAAACAAGUAUUGCCAUUUAUGUUGCGUCGUCUUAAAGAGGAUGUUUUGUCUGAUUUGCCACCAAAGAUCAUUCAAGAUUAUUAUUGUGAAUUGAGUGAUUUACAAAAGAAAUUAUAUAAAGAUUUUGCUAAAACUCAAAAGGAAACUAUCAAAACUGAUGUGCAAGGUUCUGAAAAGGAAGGUAAAACACAUGUUUUCCAAGCUUUGCAAUACAUGAGGAAAUUAUGUAAUCAUCCAGCAUUGGUAAUGUCAGAGCAACAUCCUAAAUAUGCUGAAAUUAAUCAAUUUUUAAUUUCGAGAAACACAGAUUUAAGAAAUAUCGAACAUGCACCAAAAUUACUUUCUUUGAAAAACUUAUUAUUGGAAUGUGGUAUUGGGUCACAAGAUUCAGAGUAUAACAACAACGUUCUGAAAAAGAAAAGUCUUCAACAGCAACAACAACAACAACUUAUUUCAGCCGAUGGGGUGAUUUCAGAGCAUAGAGCAUUAAUUUUCUGUCAAUUGAAAGAUAUGUUGGAUAUAGUUGAGAAUGAAUUGUUACGGAAAUACUUACCAUCGGUGACAUUUAUGAGAUUGGAUGGUAGUACUGAUCCAAGAGAUCGUCAAUCGAUAGUUAGGAAAUUUAAUGAGGACCCCUCGAUCGAUGUAUUAUUGUUGACUACAAAAGUUGGUGGGUUAGGUCUUAAUUUGACUGGUGCUGAUACGGUUAUAUUUGUUGAACAUGAUUGGAAUCCAAUGAAUGAUUUACAAGCCAUGGAUCGUGCUCAUAGAUUGGGUCAAAAGAAAGUGGUUAAUGUUUAUCGAUUAAUCACUAAAGAUACUUUAGAAGAGAAAAUCAUGGGAUUACAAAAAUUCAAGAUGAAUAUUGCUUCGACAAUUGUGAAUCAACAGAAUGCUGGUUUACAAUCAAUGGAUACAAAUCAAUUGUUGGACUUGUUUGACGUUGAUGAUACUGGAAAUGGUGCCAAAGUUGAAGAACCAGUUAAAGAAGAAACCGAUACCAAUGGUGGUGGUGGUGCAUCCACUAAUGGAGAUAUACCAGAUGAUAUUACUGGUGGUCUUACUGGUAAAGCAGCUGGAGCUGUUGGUGAAUUGGCUGAUUUAUGGGAUGAAUCACAAUAUGAAGAAGAGUAUAAUCUUGAUAAUUUUAUUAAAACACUUAAAUAG